AUGACAACAUCUCAGAGACCAGUCGUGUUCAUGGAUGUCAAUAUCGGCGAAACCCCUGCCGGUAGACUGAAGAUGGAGCUGUUCAGCGACAUUGUGCCCAAGACUGCAGAAAACUUUCGCCAACUGUGCACAGGAGAGUACAGAGUCAAUUCACGACCACAGGGAUAUAAGAAUGCCACAUUCCAUCGGGUGCCAAACUUCAUGUGUCAAGGUGGUGACUUCCUCAACGGUGAUGGCACAGGAUCGUUCUCAAUCUACGGGGACAAGUUUCCAGACGAAAAUUUCCAGGAAAAACAUACUGGUCCAGGACUCUUAUCGAUGGCAAACUCCGGUUCUAACACAAAUGGCUGCCAGUUUUUCAUCACGACAGCGAAAUGCGAUUUUCUUGAUGGAAAGCACGUUGUCUUCGGAAAGGUGAUAGACGGUAUGCUUACACUGCGAAAGAUCGAGAACGUUCCAACAGGCCCGAAUAACAGACCCAAGCUGGCGGUGAAGAUAGUCGAAUGCGGUGAAAUGUAA